AGCAGAAUUAGAAGUUAUAUUCGCCUUGCGACCACGAGAGACCAUUAUUUAUCCGUUUCAUUUAAGUUAUUGAAUUUUUAUUUUACAACUUCGAACAGUUCAUACAACAAAUGAUUAGAGAACCAGGUCGGCUUAAAAUUCGUUUGAAUUGGUUUUGUUUGGUUUUUUCAAAAUUAAAAACCAAAAAGUUCCAUGUAGAACACUGGUGAAAUCAAUCAGAAAUAACGUGAUAAUUUUAUGUGUUAAAUUCUCUCCCUAUUCCUGAUCCUACCGUUUUAUCCCAUUUAUUCCCCGCGGAAUAACAAUAUCCCGGAAUAUCCUAUUCCGAUCCAAUGCCCCCUCCUUAGAAACCCUAUGUCCCUCAGAUCCCCCCCAUGAAUCCCUAACCUUCCCCGUCCAUUACGAUCUCUCCGCCGUCCGUACGUCAGAAAUCGUCGGCGCCUACGCCUCCUCCGCCUCCGCCGAUGAUCCCGAACCCCCACUCCCAACCCCGGCGUUGAGCUCGACCCUGAAUUCAAAUCCCUCUCCGCCAGGCUCGUCGAGAUCCACCGCAUUCUGCAGUCCGACCAAUUGCCUGGCGAUGACCGCCCCGAAGGUGCUCGGUCCCCGUCCCGCGAGCCCACAUUCGAUAACAUAGGCAUUACAAUCAUAUACCUGUAAGAGGUGCUUAGGAAAGAGAGGGAAGAGAUCAAAUCGCAGCUCAUCCGCCACAAUCCCACAUUCAUACCCACAGUCGAUCCCUCUUUGAUUUGUGCGAGGGCACCUCAGGCUCCAAAUACUCCGCCAAGCCCGCUGCAGAUGCAGAAUACAAGAAUUUGCAGUGGAGAUGAUACACCGCCAAUCGCCGCAGUAUACUCUACUCCUAUGCGUGGUUUCAGUUCAGAUUACUUGCCUAGAGUUCACUACACAGCUCAAUCUGCAACAGGUUGGUGUAAGUAAGCUGCCGAGAAAUUUUACUGCUUGUUCAUCAGGUAAUGCUGGAAUUUCCACAAGAACUUCUAUGCUAUGCAAACCACAUAACUCGCAUACGGUCGACACACCUUUUGAGAUCAUGCAUAAAACUACGAGGGUGGCCCCUCGGCGAAGAUGCGUAACGGAGAGAGGUCCUUCCAAGGGGCAUUUCUCCGAACACCUAUAAAACUCCAAACCGCAACGACGCAACCCUCAAAAAAAAUCCCAAAUUAAAUCUUUCAACAUUUAAA